AUGGCUGGACUGUCCAUUCAGUCUCCGUUCACAACCACCAGUGUCCUGGUCUUCCAUCUCGUCCUCAUACCCUUUAGUAAAGGUCAGUCUCAGUUAAUUGGUUCAUCUCAGCCAAUAGUGGCAAAAAUUGGCAGUGACAUCAUUUUGCCAUGUCAUCUGGAACCUGCCCAGGAUGUUGCUGCCAAGACGUUGGAUUGGACGAGGUCUGACCUGGACCCCAGAUUUGUCUAUGUGUGGCGUGCUCAUCAGGAGCUCUUACACGAAAAAAAUCCAUCCUACUCAGGACGGACGUCACUUUUCACUGAUGAACUGAAGCACGGAAACAUUUCACUGAAACUCUCCAGAGUGAAACCUGCUGAUCAGGGGAGAUACAAAUGCUUCAUUCCAAAAGAGAAAGGAGAAUCUUUCGUUGAGCUUGUUGUUGAUGCUGCCGCCUCACCAGUCGUGAGUUUAGCAGGGACUGACAGAGACAAGGGGGGAGUGGUGUUAGACUGUAAAUCUAAAGGCUGGCAUCCAGAGCCUGAGCUGUUGUGGCUGGACGGUGAGGGAAAGCUGCUCUCUGCUGGACCUACAGAGACGGUCAGAGGUCCUGAUGACCUCUAUACUGUCAGCAGCAGAGUGACUGUGGAGAAGAGACACAGCAACAGCUUCACCUGUAGAGUCCAACAGAAGAUCAUCAACCAGAGCAGAGAGACACACUUCUAUAUUCCAGAUGAUUUCUUUAAGGGCCACUCCAGUUCUUCUGUCAUAAUUGCCGUGGCUGUUACUCUGGCUGUUUUCAUCAGACACUGA